UUCGUUCCUGCUCUAAUUAGUAUUUAAGUAUUGCCAAAAGCUUUAAAAGAGGCAUUUUGUCUCGCAUUAAAUGACAUAAAAUGAAAGAACAUACUGUAUGAAGUUUAUAAAAUGAGACCUCUUAUUUAUCUCUGAACAUUGGGUGAACUUGGUUUUACCACAAACAUACCAUUCAUUUCUCAGCUGUGUGUGAAAUGCAUGACGUCUUUGCUGUUGCUGGGUUGGACACAGAGGAAAGCAGAGGGUGAUGGGAUUCUGCCCUGGCGGUGGCAUGUGAGCAUUGGCCUGGGUGCAGGUCAUGUGUGCAGCGGGGCCGUUGUCCAUUCAACAUGGAUUCUCACUUCUGCAAGCUGUGUCUAUAACCUGGAAGAGAGACUUUUAAGAUUCUUAACAGUGAAAACAGGAGGUUCAAAGAAACAGACCCUUGAUGUUAUCCGAAUCUUUAAACAUCCUCAUUUCAACUCUUCAUCUUUGAACAACAACACAGCUUUGCUUCAGCUAAGCUCUCCUUUAAAUUUCGAUGAAAGAACACAGGCUGUCUGUUUACCUUUUGUUGGACAGGAUAUCCCCUCUUCUCUCCACUGCUGGACUGCAGUGUGGACCAGACAAUACUCACUGGACUGAUUCAGGAGGACCUCUAGUUUGUCUAGGCAACACUGGUGUUGUUUUAAUGGGUUUGAAGAGCUGGGGAGAGUCAUGCAGUGGGACUCAGAGACCAGCCGUGUAUUCUUCAGUGCCAGCCAUCAUCCAUUGGGUCUCAGAGUAUUUGGACACUAAGUGAAAGCUCAGACAUAUAACAGCCUUUCUUUGUGCUUUUUGUAAAACCUUUUAAAAUCAAUGCUUUGUUUUAAAUAAAGAUAACUUUAGCUUAAGGGUGUUUUCAGACCCAUAAUAUGUAGAUCGAUUGCUUUGUUGAAAAAAAACAGGGGUUACAAUGUUGCAAUUUAAUCUUGGUGCGGUUUGCAUUUACAAGGCAAUAUUUCCAAACGGACAAGACUUUGUAAUAAAUGUAACGUGUAAGUAAACUAUCCUUUAAACAUUUAAAACAUAUUUCUUGUG